AUGAGCAUGAAUUCAGAUUGGGCAGGGUUACCUAGUGAGCUUGUUGAUUUGAUAUUACAAAGGUUGACUUCGGUGUCAGACUAUUUUCGAUUCGGUGCAACAUGCACAGCGUGGCACGACGUUGUAACGGAGAACAUCAACUACUUGUUGUCCCAAAAGCACCCCAUGCUCAUUGUCCCUCUCAAUACCCAAGACGUUUGGAGCCUAUAUAGCAUCAAAGACAACAAGCUUCUUCCCUUGCCAUUCCAAGUACCAUACGUCGACCGAUUUGUCGGCUCUUCCAACGGAUGGUUGGUCACCGUGGACGACGAUUUAGUUGUUCGUUUACUCAACCCGUUGUGUUUGGUCCUCGGGAAACAAAUUGAUCACGAUCCAAACAUUCACAUUACUCUUCCUCCGUUGGACCCUCCAUGUUGUGUUUUUAAUCAAAUUCGCAAAGUUGUACUUUCUGCUAAUCCAACAUCAAGCCCUAACGAUUACAUGAUCAUGGCUAUAUUCAGUGCCGAUCAUCACGUAGCUUAUAUUAAACCAAACAGAGACAAAGAAUGGACUUACGUUAAUCAUAAUUGGGGUGUGCUUCAUGAUCUUAUAUACUACCGAGAUCGCUAUUAUGCAAUUGAUUACAAGGGUGAAAUUAUUUAUUUUAACGUGGCUGAUAGAUUGUUUUUCAAGUAUCUGUCUAUAAAUCAUAAUGUAGAUCUAGAAAAUUUCGAAAUGAAAUAUCUUGUGGAGUCACCUAUCGGGGAACUAUUGCUGGUCGAAAGAAUAAAAAUGUGGCAUUGGCAUGGGGAUGUGGGAUAUAAUAACACGGAAGGAGCCAAAGUUUGGAAUCUGAAGUUAGCUUCAGGAGGAUGGGAAUGGAGGGAGGUGAAAAACAUAGGAGAUUAUGCUUUGUUCGUGGGUGAUAACAAUUCUUUAUCUGUGGUGGCAUCCGAUUUUUGUGGAUGUCAAUCAAAUUGCAUAUACUUCAUAGAUGACUACGAGAACUUUUUAUUUCCAUCGAUGGUUCUAGAGAAUUCAUAUGCGUUAAAGAAUACCAAAGACGUGGGUGUAUAUAAUAUGGAGACUAGAAGCUUUACAUCUUAUGACAUCGCCAAGGAUGAUGUGUGGUUGGCUGAUACAACAAAACUUGGGAUUGUUCCCUCCUCUGUAGUUUAUAAGCCUGUUUGAUACACUAUUAUAGCAUCUAUUAUUCUUUUACAUGUAAUGCUGCAUUUCAAACUCAUCAACUAUAUAUACAUAUAUAUAUAUUUCAUGUUUGGUUACUAAAA